UCUCAAUAGGGGAAGAAAGGGACAAAAGCUGCACCAAAAUUAACUUAUCUGCGGAGGGGGUUCGCAAACACCACGUUUCAGAUUGUACUGCGUUCUUCCCGCAGCGGUGUAUGCAGACAGACGAUGCUGCUCGGAUGAGUGUGUGUGUGCAGCACUAGCAGGGGACGCAGCUUGUCGACACAGACAGUCGCGGGCCGGUGGAAGUGGAAAACGUUAGCCCUGUCGGAGGGGGCACAGCGGCAACUAACGUUAACCUGCCCGGAAAAUUAGACGAGGCUUGCAAGGUAUAAUGUAUCAGGUUCCGGUGGGAAAUAUUGAGAAGAUCAGAAAGGCACGCAAGGCGGUGAAAAACGUCCUCAGUGAGAUCGGCCUCGAAGAUUGCCAAAACCUGCUGAAGAAUCUCAAUGAAAGCUCUGAGAAAAACUCCGAUGAAGAUGAGGCCUUUCAGGAAACUGACUGGGCUGAUUUCACAGAUGGAUACAGUACGAGACUGCAGAAAAAGUGGCCUUAUCGGUCUCGAUCUCUGUGCUGUAACCUGUGCAAGUACUCUUCACAAAACAUCUACAACUUCAGGAGUCAUGUCUCUCGCUGCCAUGGAUAUGUUCAGUCAUUCUGUGCGCUCGCACCCUGUUCUCAGUGCCUCUUCAUCGGCCACCCCAAGGUUGUCAAGAAGCACAUGCUGUUCUUCCAUGCCAAACUCACCACCCACAUACAGCCACCGAGGGAGGGGUCAUUACCCACCCACCGUGGAAAUGAGAGGUAUCAGUGUCGAAGAUGUGGAUUUCCAAACUCUUCUAUCUUUGCGAUGAAGAAGCACAUUAUUCUCAAGCACCUGGACAAUUUGGCAGAACAGUAUAUAGGUUACAGGUUACAUAUUCAAGGGACAACGUCUGUAAAGGUCUACUGCUGCAAAGUGUGUAAGAUGAACGCUGGAAAUCUAGACCAAAUGUUGCAUCACAUGUUGGUUGAGCCUUCGCACUAUUCGGUCAGCACGCAAGUGCAGAGCAUGAUUCACGAGAACAAGAACUACACCAUUAAACCAACGCCUAACGGGAAUGGCGUGUUUGUGACAUUCCCGAGUAUCGCUCCCAAACCACAGCAACCUCAAGUGUUCAACAGUAAGUCCUUGGUUUUACCAAGUAAUGGCCAACCUGCUGGGACUGUGGUGGCAUUACAGCAACUACAAGGAACUACAAACAGUACUACUCUAAUCUGUGCCCCUGGAACCAACCAAGCUUUUCUGCCCCCUCAAGCGUCAGCACUAGUGCAGCUAGCUAGUGCUGAGGCUAAAGGUUUGCUUCAACCCGGUGCCACGAUAGCCCUUCGAAGUACUUUGCCCCAAGGACCGUCUAUGGUCCAGCUGCCCACAGUGUCCAAUGUGUCUCUGCAACAGGCACCAGUGGCUCUAGCUCCUGCUGCUGCUCAACCACGACAGACUCCACAAGCACAGCAAAUCCUUGUUCCGUCAGGACUGCAGGCCAACAUGGCAGCUGGAACUGGGACUGUGCCUAAGCCUGCAGUGGUUACACAAAAUGCACCAACAAACCAUAUCACCCUACAAGGUACCAUGCUGACUUCGCAGUCUCUGCUGAGUCACCUGAUCCCAACUGGCAACAACGUGAACGGCAUGCCCACCUACACAUUUGCUCCGCUGCAGGUAGCAGUGCCUGUCUCUCAGAGCUCUAGCACCCCACUCAAGGCUGUUGAGCAAACAAGUAACUCGUUACCACAAACAAAGAAAUGGAUUACUUGUCCCCUUUGCAAUGAACUUUUCCCUUCUAAUGUCUUUGACAUGCAUACAGAGGUCGCCCACCAGACAAAAUCCCCCACGUCCAAGUCGGAAAGUGUGGCGGCACGAGCAGCAUUCCUGAAGAAAAUGCCCGACAAAACUGUCAAAUGUCUAACAUGCAAAAUUCUUCUAUCAGAAAAGAGUGUCUUCCAGCACCUGCUGCAUGGUCUGAAUUGUUUAUACUGCUCGGCUUUGUUCUUUUCAAUCAAACAGCUUGCUGAGCAUGUGAAGCAGCACAAUCCCACAAGCAAAGCAUACUGUGAUUUCCUGAGGCAGAAGUACAGGGUCUACUCGAAAGGUAUUGGCGGAAUCCUGUUCCCUUACUUUGACGUCCACACCACUGCACCGAAAGAGAUCCUCGGAGACACAGAGGUCAAUCUCGCCCUGGUAACAAAUUCCCUCGACUUGAUCUUCUUUAAGUUGCAGCCCAGCAGCCAGCCUGAUAUCUGUCCAGCACCUGUGAAAAUUAACAGCGCGUACUGUCCCUUCUGCGAUGAGAAGUUUCAGAACGAAUCCAAACACCUCCAGCACCUGAAACAGAAACACUUUGUAGCACCCACCAUUCAUGCCAUCCUCAAGACGGAGGCGUUCAAGUGCAUAUACUGCAAUGGGGUUUACACAGGAAAGGUCACCCAGCAGGCUGUGAUGCUCCACAUUCAGCGAUGCCGGUGUUCGCCAAAACCGGUGCAGCCGCCACAGCCACCCAAACCUGCGCCAGCACCAGCACCACAGCCGCCUCCAAAACCAGUUCAGCAGAUCAGUCAGCCACCCGGACUCUACUUUCUCCAAGUGCCCCAAGCACUGACUAUGAAACAGACUUUAGCUCCAGCUCGCUUGAUUCCGGCUGCACCCAGCACAGACCCUCGAGAGUCAGAGGCAGAAAUGCAGUCUAAGCAGAGGUUGGAGGCCGCAUUGAGGCAGGUCAUCGAGGCAAACAAGCGAGAGAGGGAAGAAAAGGCAGCCAUGCGCAAGAAGCGAGAGCAAGAGAAGCUGUUGCCCCCACCAGAGCCUGAGACUCCGAGCGAUCCCGCGGUGAAGCUGUUGUUGGAGCCCAGCCCGGUUGAGCGCCGCAGCAGCGAGGAGCGCAGAGACUUCAUAUCGAAAUACUUCAACCUGAACCCUUACACGACCAAAGCUGAGACCGACGAGCUGUGCAAGAGGCUGUCUCUCACCAAGGCAGAGCUGGCGGCCCACUUCAGCAAGAAGCGCAGCAAGUGCAUGAAGAGUCUCAAGAGGAACACGGCGGCCAUUCUCCUCGGCUUCAACAUGACUGAACUGAGCAAACUUAAGCACAACCUUAUCAUCCCAGAACAGCAGCCCACAGAGCAGCCGCCUGCCGAUACGACAGAGCGGAUGGAAAACAGCGAGGAUGGACCAGAACCUAUGGAUGAAAGCGGAAAUGAGAAAGCUGCGGACGAGGCAGAACAGAUGGAAUGAGUUCAGAAAUGUGUGUAAGUGGAAUAAACAGAAAACAGCAAAUAAAAGCAGAUGAUUAACCAACCAGAGCAAAGCCCUGAUAUUCUAACGAUGGCCUUUUGUGUUGACAGUCACUGGACCAUGCAGUGUGUUUCCUAACCCACACCUGUACCUGAGGGCAGUUAAUUAAUGUAGCCUGCAUUGAUAGUGCUUCAUUUGACUUCAGUGUGUUGUCAGUGGCCCUGUAUCCUGAGUCCCACAUAAAUGCAGAGUCAUGUUGUGGUGCUCUCUAAUAUAUAUAUAUAAUAUAUAAACAUAAUAAUGAAGAUACAGAUGUAUUAUGGUGCAGACCGUUGAACUGCAAACAGCAUUUAGCUGGUAUCAAUCUCUCAUUCAACCACGGCUACUGACUUCAACAUCAACAUAAGCACUCAUUUGCGUUUGGUUGCUGCUUUUUUUGUUUGCACUCUUUAUUUAAGCCCCUUUUGUACAAAACUGUGAUUUAAUUUCUUGUCUGCAAAUAUUAAGACUUUAGUGCACACCUCAGUAUAGAGUUGAGUUGAUAUGAUGCUUUCCUUCACAAAUGGGUUUUUAUUUUAACACAUUUGGAGCAGUUUCUGUUAUGUGCACUGCUCCAUUAUUUUGUUUUCUCAUUCAUGACUUUUUGUAAUCCUUCAUGUUUUUCACACCAUCUCUCUCUCUCUAUAUUUAAACACUUUAAGGGGAAAUGUUUUUUGCCCACCAGCUCCCACAGACCAUUGAGGCAGAUGCUCAUCUUGCAGUUCUGAAGCCAAAUUCUCUAGAAUGUAUAAGUCUUUGAGUUAUAAACUUGCUGGAUUCCCAGAGUUAUUGAACACUUGGUUACUAUAAACCUCUGACCAUGUUGCUUGCAUGAGCCUUUGUUUUACUGUCAGAUGAAAUUCUGAUUUGUGCCAUUGUGAAGUCUACAUAUUUGCAUAGACUUGUGGAAAUUUAACCUAUAGAUUCAACAGAACAUAAAACAUGUUAUUGGGUGUUGAUUCUGUCACCAUACACCAUCUGUUCUCCUGACUGCUGUUUUGUUGUUUUCUUUUUGUACUAGUAUUUUCUAUAAAUUCUAGAGGAUCAAAAAUGUUGGGAGUGGUACAAAUUCUCAUUCUGUCCAAGACCACUGUUGUAAAAAAAAAAAGAAAUAAAGUGGUUUCCU